AUGGCGUCACGACGGACUCUUAAAGGCGCCGCUCCAGACAGACAAGCAGCACCCAUCACUGUGAGCACCCAGCCAUCACCCAUCACUGUGAGCACCCAGCCAUCACCCAUCACUUUUGUUUUUGGUAGCCCUGGGCCUCAUCCUGCGGGACCCGUGUAUCUCCGUCCUCGCUCCAUCUCCGGCAUCGGAAUCCGAGCCAGGAGCCCAUCAGUUGAUGUCUGCCGUCAGGAGGAGACGCGGGCCCUGCUGAUGGAAGACCGGAAGCCAUCGCGUCACCGAGCGUCCGAGGAUGUGAGACGGCAGAAACGUAAGGAACUUGAUGCCAGGAGGAGCAAAUCCCGCAUCCGGCUGGGAACUCACCUGGAGCAGUGGUGCCACGUGAAGGACCAGCUGGGAUUUCACUUACAUUCCGACUUCGCCAAGUUCCUCCUAGACAGUUAUGCCUCCAAAUCCUUGGUGAGUGGUUCAGGAGCCGGCGUCACGGGCGAUGACUCGAACGUGCUGCGGACCUCGAGCGACGCUCUGCGCCAACUUGUCGUCUGGUCGCACGACCACAGCCAGGAGUGCGGCUUCAUCCCCGACCUGAAGUCGGUGGUGCUGGAGCGGUCGGGCAGCUCCCUGAGAGCGGUCUGGGAGUGCAUUGCCGGGCACUCCUACCCGUGGCUGCUCCUGGCCCCUCCGGAUCGCGGCUGCCCCGGCGCCAGGACCAGGAGCAAGAGCCGAAACUGUGAGCGGGGGGCCGCCGUUGCCGUGAGCCGCGGGGGAGGGCCCGAGGCCCAGACAGACCCCGGGCCGCCCCCGGAGAGGACGGUGAAGGUGGAGGGUGCGCCACCGCCUCCCCGCCCCGCCUGGGAAGCGGGCGGAGAGGGCGAGCCGUGCAGGAGGGAGCUGGCAGGUCACAGGCCAAAGGACGGAGUGGCGGGUCAGGCCGACGGCCCCGGUCCCGUGCCGGAGAGAGCCGGCGGCCGACGGACGAGAGGAAAGGUAUCGGAGUGCGGCCGGUCGCCCCCGGAGGAGUCGGUGAUGCCAAGCGAGCUGGAGCCGAACAGCAAGCACUGCACCCGUAGGAAACGCGCCGAGCCGGGCCCAGCAGGUGGCCUGGACACCCUGCAGCUCGUCUGUGAGUCGGACUCGGCCACAGACGACGAGCCACGCCCAGGACCCGAAACGGCAGCAUCCUUACCAGGGCAACCAGAACUGCACGCUGUUUUCCAGAAGAGGCCUCAUCAAUGUCCUGUACAACCUCAACAUGACGUCCCAACUCCUUUACUCAAAGUUUCCGACUCCCCGACUGUCGACACUCCGGGCAGGAAUGACGGAGAACUGGAAAUUCAGGAUGAGAGUGAUGAGGCAGCCACGGGCGGGAUUGAGGAAUCCACAGACGAUGAUCUGAGCUACGCGGAUGACCUGAAGGAUCAGAAUUACAGCCCUUCAUCAGACAGUUCUGAGAGGACCAAGAGAAAGCUUCAGCCUCGGUUACGAGGGAGACCGUCGAAAGAGCCCCCAAACAACGGCAAAGCCCCAUUGCCUGUGGACAAACCGAGAAAGGGCAGGCGAAUUCGUAAUGAUCAGAGUGAGGAACCACAGAUCCCCAUGAGGAAGAUCAGGCUCUUGUCAGCUAAAGCCAGCAGAAUGGAACCUGGUCUUCAGGGGGAUGAAUGA